UGGUUGUCGAAUGUUGAUAAGUGGUUCAGUGAGACGGUGAAUUCGGUGAAAGUGAAAAACGGGAGCCUCCGCGGGCCAAAGUAUGUUCGCGAAAUAGGGGAAAGCACGGUUUAAUUACGGGUUCGUCGACGAGUCAAAGGAUGGCGGACGAGGAUGCCGAGCAGGAGAUUCGACGUGCCUUGGACGUCGUUCAAUCCAUGAUUGACAUCUCGGCCGAUCGACUCGAAGGCCUCAGGACACAAUGUUCGACCAGCGCCGAACUAACCCAACAAGAAAUUCGAACUCUCGAGGGGAAGUUGAUCAAGUUAUAUUCCAAGCAACUUGUGACCAAAUCAAAACUCCCAGAGGAAUCGCUGCCUGUGGAAAUGCGACAAUGUCCAUCUCUGUCGCAAUGGUUGAGAGUUGUGGGUCUUACACCAGAAUCCAUUCAGAUGGUUUGCUCGAAAGCGAAUUCUCUGGAGGCGUUGAAGGAAAAAUCCGAGCACGAAUUGGGUAGCAUGUUGGGGGAAAAUAACAUGCGACACGAGGAAGAACUUCGCAGACUUUGUCGUGCCCUUCAUAAUCUCCGCCGUUAUAUGGAUGUCCUUUUGCGAGGCGACAUGGACAACAACGAGAUGAACCUCUACUGGGAUUCCUGGGACAGACAUCACCUGCGAAGUGGACCUUCACCUCGACCUCUUCGAUCGCGCGGGACACGAAGUUCAGUACCUUCCGAAGAGAGCAUUCCGUAUAAUAAUAAUAAUCUUAAUAGGGAUACCUUGGCGCAGGCAUCUUCCUUUAUUUCACUAUCGUCCAAUACUAGUCCACCCUCAACGCCAUCCCUCCUCAGACAAGGUCGCCCGUGCUUAAAAUUUCUGACCACUCCCCCUUCAUCUAAAAAGAACCAGACCGGACUUCAGAGCUUCCAGCAACCGGAAGUCUUCCCACUGACAAAGUCCAAGUCACACGAGUCACAAUUGGCGAAUCGACUUGAAAAUGGAGACUCGGCUGCUAGUUGUCCAAAUGACCAAGUUGGCUCCGUUAGCAGAAGAUGUCGUUUGCCAACAGAACCUAGUUCUUGCACUGGUACGGAUAUCAUUUGCGAGGGUUUCGCCCAGAAUACCAGCAGUCCAAUUAAAUCGCCUCCGUACUCCAGCGCUGAAAGUGAUGAUAAUAGUUCAAAAGGAACAGGGACGAGUCUCCAAGUGCCAAAGUCUCCGCGAACGCCGACCGUGAGUCGUGGAAUGGGUCACAUGAUCACGCAUCGCUUCACAAAGACGUUCAAGAUGAUGACGACCUGUGAUUAUUGCGACAAGCAGAUGUUCAUCGGUCUUAAGUGCAAGGAGUGCAAAUACAAGUGUCACAAGGACUGUGCGUCCAAAGUUCCGCCCUCGUGCGGUCUACCUCAGGAACUCAUUGACGAGUUCAAACGGACUCUUCAAGCCGACAGUAUGGCUAACGCUUCUCCAAUAUUGAGCAAGCCGGGCAUCACGUCGCCGAAUCAUCAUAAUUCUAAUUUAUUGAUGUCUCUGAAUCGAAGGGACCGUAAACGUUCUCAUCCACAUUCUUCUGUCAGUAUAGCCUUUCAGGGUGCCGAUUCUAGUUCAAAUACCUCGAGCUGCAACAGCUCAACACCUUCUAGUCCAGCUUUGUUACCUGCUAAUGUUAGCCAAACUCCUCAGGCGCCUACGAAGCAACAGUUCCAUUUUCCAGACGUUACGCUUAACGACAAAGGCGUGAUUCUGGAAACACAUCGAAUCGAAAGAACGACCGUUUCGAGUGAUAGUGAGCGGACCAUUAGUGUUUCCGGUUCCGGAAGCGUUAGUACGGAUUCCGAUCGAACGCCGGUCAGAGUCGACUCCCAGGAUUCUCAGGUUUCAGACGGAGAACCUGGGGAUGGACGAUGGCCCCGACAGAACAGUUUGUCGAUGCGGGAAUGGGAUAUUCCCUACGACGAGCUGAAAAUUGGAGAACCAAUCGGAACUGGAAGAUUUGGUACAGUUUAUAGAGGAAAUUGGCACGGGGAUGUAGCAAUAAAAGUGCUCAAUAUGGAUUAUUACCUCGACGAUGAUAAGACGUUAGAAGCUUUCAAAUUAGAGGUCGCGACAUUCCGUAAAACGAGACACGAGAACUUGGUAUUAUUUAUGGGGGCUUGUAUGAAGCCCCCGCGGUUGGCGAUUGUCACCAGUAUGAGUAAAGGGAUGACCCUUUACACUCAUAUUCAUCUGCGCAAAGAUAAGUUCAACAUGAACAAAACGACUAUUAUUGCACAGCAAAUAUCUCAGGGAAUGGGAUACCUUCACGCACGAGGAAUCGUGCAUAAGGAUCUCAAGAGCAAGAAUAUUUUUUUGGAAAAUGGCAAAGUGGUCAUCGCCGACUUUGGACUCUUUAGCGUCACAAAACUUUGCUACGGCAACAGAACUGGUAACGGUUUGAGUAUUCCACCAGGAUGGCUAUGUUAUUUAGCUCCUGAAAUCGUUCGACGUUUAAAACCGCAACAAAAUCGAGACCAGGAGGAAUUGCCAUUUACAGAAGCUUCAGAUGUGUAUGCUUUUGGUACUGUUUGGUAUGAACUUCUCUGUGGAGAGUGGCCAUUUAAAGGUCAACCACCUGAAGCCAUAAUCUGGCAAGUGGGUAAAGGAAUGAAGCAGACUCUUGCAAAUUUGCAAGCCUCCAGAGAUGUCAAGGAUAUUUUGAUGCUCUGCUGGUCUUAUCACGCCGAAAAUCGGCCUGACUUUGCAAAAUUAUUGACCACGCUGGAGAAACUCCCACGGAAAAGACUCGCUCGAAGUCCUUCUCAUCCUAUUCAUCUCUCUCGUUCCGCAGAAUCAGUGUUUUAAGCCAAUUACAAUUGAAAAAAAAAAGUUUAUGAAAGAGCAAAAGAUGAGGGAGGAGCGAAAACAAAAAAGAAAAGAGAAUAUAAGAAUUAAGAAAGAGUGAGGAAAAUGUAUAAAGAGAAAAGAAAAAAGAAAUUUUACGCAGCUAAGUCUUAUUUAAAUACGAUGCCGUUCUCGUAGUGUAUAUAUAUGUAGCAGUGUGAAAUUGAAGAUACGAUAUUUGUUCGUAAGUGCAGAAUAAAAGAAAGCGAAUGGUUA